CAUGGCACGCCCCUGCUGCAUACAAAUAUAUAUAUAUAUAUAUAUAAACGCAAUAAACGAAUCCAUAAGAAGUCAAAAGGUUAUGCGCUACCUAAUCAAAUUCGUUUAUCAAUUUUAUCAUAUAUUAUUAUAUAACUUUCGACCAAUGAUAAGAAAGGACAUUAUCUAAUCUUACGUUGAUUCGUUAAUGACGUAUAUUUCUAAUGUUUAACACUCAGUUAAACUUUCUAUUUGUGAACGUUGGAUAUAACUGGCGUGUGAGAAAGCAUAAUGGAGAAGAUGAAAAUGUAUAAGGAAGUGGGUGGAGUGCGUGUUCUGCUGGAUUAUUCGGAAGAAUCGUUUUUAUCUGGAAUGAAUUAUAAAGCAAAACCUGGAGAUUUAUUUCUCGUUAGUUAUCCGAAAUGUGGAACAACUUGGAUGCAUCAUAUAGUCAACUUAAUCCUUCAUAAAGGUCAACCAUUUGAAGAUCCAUUAGAUUUGUUAGCUUAUCCGUUUAUAGAAAUUGUGGGAGCAGAAUACAUAGAAAUGACAAAACCAAAAGCCAUGAGAACACACUUACCAUUUUCUGCUAUUCCUUUUUCUCCAGAAUCUAAAUAUAUUUACACUAUCAGAAAUCCUAGAGAUUGCUGCGUUUCUUUUUAUCAUUUCAUUAAAUUUCUUUCAAUUUCCCAGAAAGAAUUAAGUUUUCAUGAAUUUUUUGAAGCAUUUCUCGAUGGUAAUUUACUUUAUGGCGAUUAUUUUGAUCACCUUCUUGGGUGGUACGAACAUAAAAAUGAUGACAACGUUCAUUUUGUAACGUACGAAGAUCUCAAGAAAGAUAUUAAAGCAGAAAUAUUGAAAAUAGCCAAAUUUAUUGGGGAAGAAUACGAGAAAAGUAUUUUGAGUGAUCCAAAAAUAAUGGAAAAUAUUAUUCAUUACAGCAGUUUCGAUUAUAUGAAGGAGAGCAGCAAGAAGAACAUUGAUGUGUUUUUUCAAAAAGACAAAACAUGGCUAGAAAACAAAAAUAUACCUCCAGGGACUAUGAAAAUUGUACAAAAUUUAAAUAAAACAGGAAAAGAUACAAAAAGUGGGACUCUAGUUAGAAAAGGAAUUGUUGGCGAUUGGAAAAAUCACUUUAACGAAGAACAAAUACGAUUGUUAAAUGAAAAAAUUGUGGAAAGAACAAAAGACAGCGACGUCAUGAAUUUGUGGAAAGACAUUUUUGAAAAUAAUUAAUUAAAUAUGAAAUUUAAUGACUUUUAUUACAUUUAUAAAAUUAAUUCCGAAAUUCUAUUAUAAAGCUUAUUGUCCAUUAAUAAUAAUAAUGUUAUAUAUUUACAGAAGAUUUUUCAAAAGAACUUUCUCUUACAAUAUAAAAUCACUAC